UCCAGCUGUAAAUAAAAACAGCUUUACACUUUCGAGUUUCUAUUCCCGAUUUCUAAUUACACCGCAUCAUAUGAUAGAAAUUAGUCUCAUCAUUCACUCUGAGCACAAUAUACCAGGAACACCAGCACAAACCGAGACAGCCUUUACUUUACACACUGGCAUUACUUGACAGAAUUAAAAAAAUACUGUAACUGUAUGUAAUGACAUUAUUCAGAGACUGGAAUGCCCUGUGACCAUCAUCAAAACCAGUGACAAUGGCCCUUUUAUCAGAAAGUGAAACUUACAGAUGACGUAGAGCACUUCAUGUAUUGCAUAUUACAUCCUCCAAAGUCCUGUGAAGUCAGCUGAGAGCACACACUGGGGAAAGAGCAGGACAAAAGGGAGGAAGACUACAUGACCCUUCUGUGGAUUCCUCCGGCCACAAACCCCUGGACUUCCUGAAACACCUGCAGGAGUUGGGUGAUGUGUGCGCCUGCUGGAUAGUCUGGAUAUGCAUGUACAGCUGUUCAAAUGUUUAACAAUUCAAAGUACAGGUAAAUUAUUUCACUUCCAUUAAGCACAUUAAACGAUAAAGUGCUGAACAGACUGUCGCGUUUUAAACGGAGAAACAACCUUUACAGACGAGCGAUCGAGGAAGAAUAUGUCCUGCUGUACGUAAUAUGGGACAUCGUAGGAGGUUCUCUGCAAAGAGAAUACUGCGAACAUUGUGUAUAUAAACCGUGCAUCUAUUAUUUUCAAGUAGAGCUAAUCUGAAUGUGAUUUUAAAAGGCUCAAUGUAAAUGUUCCGAAAUCAUAUUCUGUUUUUUUCUGCAUUUUUACUUUAGAGGACUUUUGAACAAAUGAACUCAAGUGUUCAGCUGAUGCCCACCAUGGCCUCCCUAUAUGUGGACAAUUUGGCCCCAAGUGUGACAGAGGGCAUGCUCUACGAAAAAUUUAGCCCAUUUGGGCGCAUCCAUUCUAUCCGAAUGCUCAGCUCCUUUGGGUAUGCCUUUGUCAACUUUGAGCAAAUUGCCGAUGCUCAAAAUGCCUUGGACACCGUGAACUUUGAUGUAAUAAAGGGCAAACCGAUGCAUGUAAUAUGGGCUUGGGCUGACCUAUCACAAAAUAAAAGUGGGCAGGAAAACAUCAUAAUCAAAAACCUGGACAGGUCCAUUGGCCGCUCAGGCUUGCUGGAGGCAUUUUCUGAGUUUGGAAACAUUCUGCGCUGUAAGGUGGCAUAUGAUGAGAAGGAAUUAAAGUCUGAGGGAUUUGUUCAGUUUGAGAAUCAAUGUGAAGCAGAAAGAGCCAUCCAAGAAAUGAAUGGCACAGUUCUUAGUGGUUGCAAACUUUAUGUAGGGCCUUUUAGACGUAGUACAUUACACGACGAACUAGAACUCAAAGCUAAAAAUAUAUACGUCAAGAACUUUGGAGAAGACAUGGAUGAUGAAAAGCUUCAGCUGCUGUUUGAUAAAUAUGGACCUACAGUGAGUGUUAAGGUGAUGAGAGACCAGGAUGGAAAAUCUAAAGGUUUUGGCUUUGUUAGUUUUGAGCGGCCAGAAGAUGCGCAAAAUGCUAUAGCUUGUAUGAACGGGAAAAAAAUAAAUGGGAAAGAGCUCUAUGUAAGCCGUGCUCAAAAUAAAAUGGAAAGACAACGACAACUGGCCCUUGAAUUUGAACAAAAGAAGCAAGAGAGAAUGACCAAGGGUGUGAAUUUGUAUGUGAAUAAUUUGCAUCCCAGCAUUGAUAAUGAGCGAUUGAAGGAGGAAUUUUCUCCUUUCGGAACUAUAACUAGCGCAGCUGUGAUGAGAGAAGGCAGUCGAAGUAAAGGCUUUGGAUUUGUUUGUUUUUCUUCUCCUCAGGAAGCUACAAAGGCGGUGACUGAAAUGAACGGCAAGUUGGUUAACAAUAAACCACUUUAUGUUUCCCUGGCUCAACACAAGGAAGAACGCCAAGCACAUCUGACCGCCCACUACAUGCACAGGACGGCAGCUAACAAUUUUAUUUCUAACCCCUUCAUCAACCCAUACAAACGAAUGCUUCUUGACAGAUAUUUCCUGUCAAACCUUCUUCGGAAUUCCCAGGGCAGCCAAGAAGAACACCUGCAAACCAAAGCCCUCUGGAAAAUGCAAGGUACUAAACCUGUACCUUUGCAGAACAUAAAUGGUGCAAUCUACCUGCCCGCUCCUUGCCUACCAACAUUUACUGUGACCAUGCCAGUUUCCGUCCAGGUACCAGUUGUGCCCUGCCAUCGUGCUGAUGCUGCAGUAACCCAGGCAACAAGAUCUCAGUCGGGUACAGAUGCUGCUGGUAUUCGUACAGCUCCUCAGGGCACAUGUGCCUCAGAUGCUGAAAAAAAUGCAGCGACUUCUUCCAGUGAAAAUCAGAAAAAUGUUGAUGCUAGUGGGGAAGGCAAUGAAAGAUGUGUAUUAGCCAUUUCCAGUGAAGAUCAAAAGGCUGAUGAGGAUAAAAGUGAAGACAAGUGCUGAAGGAGCGACAUUUUGAGGAUAUAACAGAAAAUGGAUCCUUCAGCAUCUAACACUUCUUGACUCCAUUCUGGAAACUCAUUUAGACCAGAUAUCUUCCAGAUAAUUACAUGUAUGAAGAUAUCAUUGCCAAGACUACCUGUCAAUAACAACAUGCAAGAACUGGCAUUGGUCAGCCAUAGGAAGGAUAAAGCCUUCAGAUCUUUACAAAAAGACGUACACCAACUUUAUAAAAAAAAAAAUGAGGGAACAGUAAAUUACAUCAUUCAUUUGCUGCAUAUAUAUUUAUGUUUUACUGUUUUUCAGUUCACACUGUCAGUUUGCACACACAUUCAAAGCAGAACAUAAUUUUGCUUGAUUAUGCCAGCCAGCAUUGCACAAUAAGGUGACUGAACAUUUUUAUUUUAAUAAUUUGGCUGAACAUUUCUGAGUCUCCAAACAUUUGAAAUUAGUUAUUCUUGCUUUUAUUUUCCUGUCAGGGUUGAGGGGUACUUUAGAAACUUCCUUCCAAUCUAGCGUGUGUUUAAAAUGCUGCACCAAUUUUUUAUCAUAUCCAACACCCACAGCUUAAGGUCUAAAAAAAAAAAAUGCAUUAAUUGUAAGUGUUGAGUAUACUGUUGCUGCCAUCACUGUAUCAACAGUAGUAGUUCUGACUAAGUCUUUAUUUAGUAGAAGAAAAUGUAUAAUGCACAAGAAAGCUUCUCACCAGAUGCACUGUAAAAUGACUGCAGUAUAAGUAUCUACUCUUGUGAUCAUAAGCAUUACUGUUACAGCCACACUGGAAUGUGCACAGCAGUAGUUAUCAAUUAUUUUAUCAUCAUUCAAACAAAUUCUUGUGUAGAAUUUAUCUGGAAGAGGAAUAACUAAUCACAACACUAAUCUGUAAACCAUUACAACUUAAGUUUUUCUUACGUAACAUUGGCUUGAUUAUACAUUAUAGAGGUUAUAAAUUAUAAUGAUCAACAAGAGGUACAGAACAGAAAUGCUUGCAUGUCUAAGUACUAAAGGAUUGUUGUUUUGGAUUUUCCUUUUGAGGCCAUAUUUUCCUUGUAUCUAAUCUUUUAUCGUAAGCAUUUGUCUGCACAGAGAAUUAUAGUAGAGAAAUAUUCCAUUGCUAGUAGUGUGAAUCAUUGUUGGCUUAAUCAUGAUUGAAAAGGGUUCUCUGUGCUGUGGACAGGUGAAACUAAAACCUAAAAGGACACACAUACCCUUGCCAUGGAAUAUUUCUAGCCCACUCAGGAACCAAAUAUGUAACAGUAUGUUAAGCUCAGACACCAUUAAACAUUACAAAACGUGUUCAGUUAAAUAAAAAUAAAAAAGAUAAAACACA